AUGAACAUGGAUCCACUCCCCGCAUCCCUUCGUGCUUGGCGCGAUCACAAACCAUAUAAUAAUCCUGAAUGGUACAAGCCAUGGGAACAACUCUGGCCCUUCUUCCUUGAACAUGGCUAUGAUCUCUUUUGUCUGGGGUCUGGAGGCAAGGCCAGUAUCCCCGGCGGCACUUCCGCUCCUGCAUUGGACUCCUUCGGGCUCUAUGGUGAUCGGGGGGAUGAAUUUUACAGUCAAAUGGGACGCUACCCGCUGGCUUUUGCAGCUCGAGAUAGGUUGGAAGUGAAAAACAGAGAUGUAGUCAUCAAGCUCGUUGCACAUGGCGAUGAGGGGCUCAACGAACUCAAGAUCCUACAUCUCCUCAAUUCAGAACCACUUAGAUCGGAUUCUGCGAAUUUGACUGUUCAGGUUCUUGAAUUUCUGAGUUUUAGUGAUUGGCAGUUUGUAGUGAUGCCGUUCUACGAUGGUUGUGAUGAAGCGCCUUUCUUGCGGGCGUCGGAAUGUUUGGACUUUGCAGAACAAGUCCUGUCAGAUAUUUCCCAUGAAAAUAUUGUGAUGAAUCAUCAUGGGAAGGUCCCAGGGGACCCAUUCAUCGACAUUUGGCCCCCUCACGAAUUUCGCUCAACCUUUCCUGUGCGAUAUUAUCUCAUGGAUUUUGGAUGUUCCGUCCACCUCCCACCCAACUUGCCCCCCCGGGAUCGCCUGAUCAAACCGUUUAAGAUCGCGCGAGAGCAAUGCCCCGCGGAAAUGCUUGGGUCAACAAAAUACGACCCCUUCGCAGCGGAUAUUUACGUAGUGGCAAGAGUCUUUUAUGGCUUGUUCAGGGUACGUCUUCUAUAUGAAGCAAAGCUCUACUUCCAGGAUAUCGUUCCGGAUGUUCCUGGAUUGCUGGAGCUUCUGCAAGACAUGUCAUCUCACAAUCCCUCAAGUCGAAUCUCCCUCACUGUGGCACUAGAUCGGCUGGAAGUGUUGAAGUCCCAGACACCCCCUCAGGUGCUGUCGCAGGUCAAACAGAUUGGGCUAUCUGCGUAUCAGUUAAUUCCUCAAAAUAUCAGUUAA